AUAAUAUCAGCUAAGGCCCAAACAGCCUGUUAGUUAACCGACGCCGACUAUAUACAAGUGUUUUCGCCCAAACCCUAGUACAUUCUCCGUUAUCUUUCGAUCCAGUUGCCCUAGAGCCAGCCGAUCGUCAAACUUCAAGAUGGGAAAGGUUCACGGAUCGUUGGCACGUGCCGGUAAGGUGAGAGGGCAAACACCGAAGGUGGCGAAGCAAGAUAAGAAGAAGCAGCCACGUGGCCGUGCUCACAAGCGCAUUCAAUACAACCGCCGUUUUGUCACCGCCGUUGUUGGUUUCGGUAAGAAGAGGGGGCCGAAUUCAUCUGAGAAGUAAGGUGGUUGAUGCACAUCAAGCAGCAUAGUCUUGUAGUUUAUUUUGAUGGAAAUUUUAGACCUUUAUGAUGUUUGACUAUACAAUGCUUUUUAUCUGGUUAUGAAGUUGGAUGAAUAUUUUCUAUCUUUUUGUGGUGAAAUUUGUAUUCUGCAUUUUGGCAUGGUAUUGUAAUU